CAUUCAACGCCUCCUCUCGCACCUUUGCAACUUCUAGAAGCUUCUAUCUAGUCUCUCACCCUCGCCAUGGGCAACGGCCUCUCCCCCUGCCUGCGCCCCGGGGCUGCGCACGGCGAGGCCGCGGCGGCGCGGCUGGUGUUCUGGGGCGGGUCGGCGAGGAUGGCCGACGAGCGGCGGUCCACCACCGCCGGGGACGUCACAGCGGAGCUCACCGGCGACCACCUCGUCUGCGCCGCGGACUCCUUCUUCAUCGGCCUCCCCGUCCCGGCACUCCCGGCCGGCGAACGGCUCCUGCCGGGGCGGACCUACUUCGUGUUCCCCGCGGCGCGCUUCUCCUGCCGCCAGGCGCUCACCGCCGCGACGCUCGCCUCGCUCUCGCCGUCCCCGGCCAAGGUGUCCCUCGCCGGCGGCGCCGAAUCCCCAUUCGAGUACGUCACGGGCGGCGAUGGCGAGGCGCUCAUCAGGGUCACGCCCGAGUUCAUCGAGAGGGUGAUCACGUCGUGCGGCGGCAAGUGCGGCGCGGCUGAGGCGGCAGCGACGGAGCAGCUGUGCAGCACGCCGGAGCUGAAGAAGCACUAUAUGCAGCUAGUGGGUGCUAGGGCGGAGCGGCCGUGGUCACCAGGGCUCGAGACAAUAUCGGAGGCCGAGAAGAGGAGGAGGAUGCCGUCUCCGGUGAGGCUGGUCGGGCUGGCAAAGGCUUCUUCGAGAUAGACUUGCACUCUUGGAUUAGCAAACGGGGAUAGAAUUUAGCCUAAUUUUUGCUUCUUGGUACAGAAAGAAGGUGAGUAGGUAGAUUUGAUUUAGCUUUAGUUCAUCAUUUUUCUCUUUCAUGUCAAUAGAUGACAAGUGGAUGCAAUUGAGUGAAUAAAAUUGCAUGUCAUUCAAGUUUA